AUGGCAAAUCAGCAAGCACCAGCUCGUCCAUGGUUCCGAUCAGCUUCUAUGAAUCGCCCCCCAUCCCCAGCCCCUUUAGCGCAGGCUCAACCACCUGCUCACCAGCCAAGGCCACCAUUUGUCCGACCCACAUUAAGGCCACCCUCAGUAGCUCAGCCUCAAGCACCUGCCCAACCUCAUGCACCACCUGUUGCUGCUGCUCCUCCAGCUCACACUGCUUCGCCAUCACCACGACCACCUUCUCCUGUUGCUGCACCACCUCCUGCCACCACUUCUGUCCCAUCAUCUCCAAUCAUCAAAGUUUCCGCUUCUUCUUUGCCAACGUCUCCAGCACCAAAACCAUCACCAAAAUCCCCAGUUGUUCCUCCAGUUGCAUCCUCCUCUUCAACACCAUCAUCUCCUAACAAAAAAGUACUUUCAGCUUCUUCAUUGCCCGGUUCUCCAGCCCACAAAGUAAUGUCACCACCGGCACCACCUUCUAUCUCCGCCACUGCCGCUGCCGCCACUGUCAAUGCUCGUGCUGCAACACCAACAUCCUCCCCAAAAAUCAUCAACCCUUUGGCAAAAACCUCACCUCUAUCCCCCAAGAUGGAGCCCGUUUCUAGUAACCCACCAUCUCCUCUGGUCCUUCCUCCUGCACAAAUAAAGUUUGAAGGCAAACCCGAAACCAAGAUUCCAUCAAAAUCCGAGCAGAAAACUAUAAUUAUGCAAGAAACCUUUGAAGAACCUAAAGUGAUCAUACCCAACACCUCCAAUGAUAAGAAAGGUUUUUAUAAGACGUAUUCGGACUCCAAAGAUUUUGGGGUGAGAGUUAUAACAAUUGCAGGUGAAAACAGAGGUGCUAUUAUGGAAUUGGGCCAUCGUGGUCUGCUCAGAGAUGGUAAAAAAUCGGAAAGAAAUAGUAAUGAUGAAGGGAUCAACAUAAAGAUGGAGGACAAACCUGACAAAAUGGUGCGGCCAUUGAAGACUGCAUUCAUAAACAGCAACGUGCAGGGUGUGAACAAUUCCAUUCUCCUGGACAGUUCUUUCACUCACCGUGAUCCUGGUGUCCACCUCUCUCUCUCUAGUAAGGCCAACGGUGGCCGUGGAGCUCAUCUCAAGGACCAAAAUAAUUAG